UAUAAAUAUAACAUUUACGUAGAAGAAGAAAUCAUCAAAUAUUACAAACCUUGAUCUUUCUUUCUUUCUUUCAAUCAUAUUUGAACGAACCCAAAGAAAGAAGAAGAAAAGAGUAGAGUACUCUGUGUGUGUGUGUGAAUUAACAAUGGACGUGGAAAGUGGAGAUAAUGAAUCAACAGAAUAUGCAUUCAAGGAUAAAGAAGUACCACCGUGGAAGAAGCAAAUAACGUUGAGGUCAAUGGUGACUGGCUUGAUCCUGAGCGUUGUGUUCAACUUCAUUGUUUGCAAACUGAAUCUCACGACUGGUGUUAUCCCUUCUCUUAACGUGGCCGCGGGGCUCUUGGGGUUCGCCAUGAUUAGGUCAUGGACGGCUGUUAUCGAGAAGUUUGGAAAAUUGAAGCAGCCUUUUACUAGGCAAGAGAAUACCGUCAUCCAGACGUGCGUUGUUGCUUCUUCUGGCAUUGCUUUUAGCAGCGGGACAGCAAGUUAUAUGUUAGGAAUGAGUCCAUUCAUAGCAGCUCAGGCUGAUGCAGGAAAUACCCCAAAUAAUACUAUGAAGCUUGAUAUUAGUUGGAUGCUUCCCUUUCUUCUUGUUGUCAGCUUUGCUGGUCUCUUCUCAAUUGUGGCACUAAGAAAGUUGAUGAUUAUCAAGUACAAGUUGACAUAUCCGAGUGGAACUGCGACUGCAUACCUUAUCAACUGUUUCCACACUCCUAAAGGAGCAAAGCUGGCCAAGAAACAAGUUGGUUCCUUGUUCAAAUCCUUUGGCUUCAGCUUUAUAUUUGGGGCUGUUCAGUGGAUAUUUGCACGUGAAGAUGGCUGCGGAUUUGGUAGCUUGCCUACAUUUGGUUUCAAAGCCUAUGCCAAAAGGUUCUAUUUUGAUUUCUCCUCAACAUAUGUUGGAGUUGGUAUGCUCUGCCCCUACAUGGUCAAUGUUUCGUUGCUAAUUGGUGCCAUUAUAUCAUGGGCUAUUAUGUGGCCAAUGAUUGAAGCGAAGAAAGGCGACUGGUACUCUGACCACUUAUCCGCAUCAAGUCUUCAUGGUAUCCAAGGAUAUAGGGUAUUUAUCGCAAUUGCCAUGAUGCUUGGAGAUGGUCUAUUCCAUUUUGCUUACAUGGUUGUCGUCACAGCCUUAAGUUUCAAAAAGAGGAAAUCAUCAGGAGAGGAAGAUUAUUCAGGUGAAGAGUCCUCAGAAGACUAUGACACGAAGAGACAAAACGAGUACUUCUUGAAAGAAGAGAUCCCCAUCUGGGCAGCCAUUGGCGGAUACGUUGGUAUUGCAGUCAUAUCUAUCAUUGUGGUGCCAAUUAUCUUCCACUCUCUCAAAUGGUAUCACAUUCUCGUUGCCUAUGUAAUUGCUCCAGUUUUGGCCUUCUGCAAUUCUUAUGGAAGUGGCCUCACUGAUUGGUCCUUGGCCUCAAAUUACGGGAAAAUUGCAAUCCUUACAUUUAGUUAUUGGGUUGGUUUGCAAAACGGUGGAGUGAUUUCUGGCCCUGCUUCAUGUGGAUUGGUGAUGAGCAUACUCGACACAGCUGCUGGCUUGAUGGGAGAUUUCAAGACUGGUUACUUAACGCUUACAUCGCCGCGUUCCAUGUUCUUUAGCCAAGUCAUUGGAACUGCCAUGGGCUGUGUGAUAACACCACUAGUCUUCUGGAUUUUCCACAGUGCCUAUAAAUUGGGUGAUCCAGAAGGUUCAUACCCUGCACCUUAUGCAUUGAUGUAUCGUGGAAUCGCGCUACUUGGAGUGGAAGGUUUUGGAAGUCUUCCCAAGCAUUGCCUCAGGCUCUCUAUUUGGUUCUUUGUGACUGCUAUUGUGAUCAAUAUACUGACUCAGCUGCUGAAAAAAUUCGAGACCAAGUAUAGGAUUUAUCGGUUCGUCCCAAGUCCAAUGUGCAUGGCUAUACCAUUUUACCUUGGAGGGUACUUUGCCAUUGACAUGUGUAUUGGGUCAUUGAUUCUAUUCUUUUGGGAAAAGGUGAACAAGCAGCAAGCUAAAGAUUUUGGACCUGCAGUGGCUUCUGGUCUCAUAUGUGGUGAAUCCUUGUGGGGAAUUCCAGCAUCUGUUCUUGCUCUAGCUGGUGUCAAAGCUCCAUUUUGCAUGAAAGUUCAUCACUGAUUUUAGUCCCACAUUCCUCCUCCUGAUCAUAUAAUCGUUGUACAAAUUAAGCUUUUUUGUCUCCCUUUGUCUAAGUUUUUAGUCUUUUAGUUAUUUUAGUCUUCUUCGCGUCACAUGUUUUAAGUUGUCUGUUUUAUUGUAGUAGUAGAAUUAAUACAAGUUGUAUUUCUGUACUUGU